AUGAAUACAAUACGUUAUAAUCCGACUGCAGCAAAUUCUAAUCAAUUUUCUCACGCACAACAACAAUCACCACCAUCACCACCUCAUCCAUCAGACUCUCAUCAAAACAUUGGAGCUACUAGUUAUAUUACACCCAAUGUGCAGUACUACAGACAAACACCGUCGGAUACACAAGAAAAUGUUGUUAUUGUACCUGCCUCUAUUUCAAUUCGGAGAAAUCAAAUUUCAGCAAUAACAACAAAUAAAUUUCGAAUAUUUUUAAUCAUAUCAGGUCUUUUUACUUUAAUUUGGAGUUUAGCAAUUAUUGGUCUUGGAAUGUAUAUUACUAUUAAAUCAGUCAAUACGUUAAAUCGUGAUAUUUUGGCAAGUGGAUAUCUUCUAAUUGGAAGUAUUUGUUUGUUAAAACUUUCUUGUGGAACAUCUUAUCUCUUAGAUUAUAUAAAACAAGUUUUUGCUAUGACUUUAGUGUUUUGUAUUGGUGGACUUAUUUUAUCUGCUAUCAUUUUUUAUCAAUCAAAGAAAUGUUCAUCAUACUUUCCCGCUAUUCAUUCAUGUGAUAAACAAUUACUUUAUAUUUCAAAAAUGACUGAUUUAAUUGUAUUUAUCGUUGCUAGUAUUCAUUCAUUGAUUAAUUUUCUUGUACUUAUUAAUCAAAACAAAAAAUCAUUGUCAAUACCAACUACACGAAAUCAUUAA